GCCCGAGAGGAUCAAGAUCUUCCCCAAGGAACGACAGGGAUUAACUGUGGUUGUAAUAUUCUAGCGCGCACGCAGGUACGCGGUCGCCCCUGCAUUCGCCGCAGGAACACCCGGCGCAUAUCGCUCUCUCAACUGCCGUUCUCGAUUCCGUCAUUACAGUCCACCAUGGUUCCGAUAGUCGAACCGCUUUUAGCGAUGCGCCUUAAACAUACUACAUAUGAGCUAUACGUUGCUUCCAGCCACGGCCAUCUUCGGCCAGUAAGAGUACGAGCAGUGUCUGCAUGACAGUGACACGUCCGAGCACAUCGCCUCGGCCCAGUACAAUCUAGUGAGAGACGACGGGUAAGAAAUAUUUACGUCCAAAGUAGGAUGUUGUAUAAGUACCUGCCAAGUUCCAUUUCUGCCAGAACCAUCAGCAUCUUGAAAUCCCAUCGACUUGAUUCUUACACGUUCUUUGCUUAGAUUCAUUCAACAUGCGCGCUACUGCUAUCGUCACCGCUGCCGUCUUGGCCAGCAGUGCUACUGCUGCUCCUACCCCAGGUCUGAUCAGCAGCAUCCUGGGCCUGCUCACCAACGAUAUCAACAAGCUCCUCUCCUCGUUGGGUAUCCACCUCCACACUGAUGGUGCCAAUCACGGCGCCACUGUUCCUUUCCACAACCAGUGCCCGUUUAGCAUCCCAGCUGUCGAUCUGAGUCCCAUUCGCCACAGCCACGAUAUCAACUGGGGUAAGGGUGUCAACGGCAGCAACUUCAUCAACUGGAAGACAUUCAAGGCCAAUGGUGCCAACCUAGGUGGAUGGCUGGAGAAGGAACAAACUCACGACCCUAUCUGGUGGUCUGAGGUGGGCGGUGAUGGCGCUCCUGAUGAAUGGACUCUCUGCCAGAACCUCGGUAGCAAGUGUGCUUCAGUCUUCGAGGAGCGUUAUGCCUCUUUUAUCAACACCACCACUAUCGACCAGCUUGCCAAUGUUGGUGUUAACACCCUCCGUAUUCCGCUCACAUAUGCUGCCUUCAUCGAGGUUCCUGGUUCUCAGCUUCACCAUGGCAACCAAUUAAAGUUCCUCAAGACCAUCACCGACUACGCCAUCAACAAAUACGGCAUGCACAUUAUCGUCGGUCUCCACUCGCUUCCCGGUGGUGUAAACAACCUCGACAUCGGCGAGGCACUCUUCCACCAGGCCUGGUUCCAAAACUCUACAAACCUUGACUACUCCUUCCAGGCUGUCGAUGGUGUUCUUAACUUCAUCAAGCAGAGCGGCCACGUUAACGCUUUCACGAUCGCACCAAUCAACGAAGCUUCCGACAACUUCGCUGGUUUCGGAUCUGCUGCUGGUCUAACUAUCAAUGGAACGAACUGGAUCAACACUUACUUCAGUGGGGUACUCAAGAAGAUCGCCAAGGUGGAUAAGCGCAUUCCUAUGAUGAUUCAAGAUUGCUUCAUGGGCGCCAGUUACUGGGCACCCUUCUACGACGCAUCUGAAAACAUUGUCUUCGAUUCUCACGUCUACUACUUCGCCGCCGCUGGCACAUACGCCGGCUACGUCAACCCUGCCGUGUGCGGCCAAGCCCAAUACAUUGCUCAGGAGACAAAGUUUCCUGUUUUCGUCGGCGAAUGGUCCCUGCAGGCCAUGUACAACAACACUCUGGAUACCCGCAAGACCAUCUUCGACACUCAGCGUUACGCAUGGAACAAGUACUUGGCCGGUGGCGCCUUCUGGAAUGGAGUCUCUUACGCAACCGCCAAGGUGGAUGGAGAGGGUACUCAGCGCGAGUACUGGAGCUACAUUGACUUGAUCAACCAGGGUGUGAUCACCAAGGUUACAAACGAGUCAUACUGUUAGGUGGUUAGAGAACGAUGAGUUACGAAAGCAUAUAUACCCGGAUGGAAUAAUUCUGUAAUGUUCAACGAUUUAGUAUUUUAAAG